AUGCAGUGGAUGCUGACUCCAGGUCACCGCAAGCUGUUCGCUCCCGACCCCAACGCCAAAAACACAGAGAUCUGUGUGAUCAGUGAGGCUGAGGAUCUCAGUGCGUCAGUAGAUGUUCAGGAUGUUUACACCAAGAUCAAAUGUAAAGUGGGCAGCUUCAACAUGGACCAGUACCAGACCAGUCCAGAGGAGAGGUCUGGUCUUGCAGUGGGCCGCUGUGGAGGGGUUGUCCUGUCUUGUACUGAUAAGCUGAACAGACGUACGGUGUUGGUCCGACCAGUCAGCAAACAGGACUCCUUCAGCCACCUCUCUGGCUUCGUACCGCCUACAGCAGCCAAGGUCCUGGAGGUUUCCUCCCACCAGCAGCACGGAUUCCUGUCCAUCACAUACACCCAGAUCACGCGGGGAACCAGCGGCUGA